GGUCCCAGCGAGUGCUGAGCUGGAAGGACGGGCAGCGAAAGGCAGAACCGAACCCAAGGGUACAUCAGCAAGAUCUGAGAGUACAUUCACAGCUGAAGACACAACAAGGCCCAAGGACACUGAGGCGACUAGGAAUGCAGUGAGGCAUGAAGAUGCAGCAGGAGCCCAGCAUGAGAGAACAGAGAGGCCUGAACGUACACUGACAACUAAGGACUCAUCAAGAGAUGAGGGGAAACAAGCAGUUAAGGUCAUAGCCAGACUGAUGACUGCAGACCAGACAAAACCUAAAGAAACAUCAACAAUUACGGUCACUAAAAGACCCAAGGAUACAGUGAUAACUAAGGAUGAAACAAGACCUGAGGAUAUGCUGACAACUAAAGGUGCAACAGGCCCAGAAGAUGCACUGGAAUCUAAGAGUACUCUGGGUCCCAAAGAUGCACUGGAAUCUAAGAGUACUCUGGGUCCCAAAGAUGCACUGGAAUCUAAGAGUACUCCAAGUCCUGAAGAUGUACUGGAAUGUAAGAGUACUCUGGGUCCCGAAGAUGCACUGGAAUCUAAGAGUACUCCAGGAGCUAAGGUCGAAAAGAGACAUGAGACCAAGCUGUAUCGAGCCAGGGCUCAGCUGAAGGACUUCAGGAGCAGAGUGGAGGUUGUUCAGCACCAAUCCGAUCAUCCAAGCAGUAUUCCCUGUGACGCUUGGCACCUUCCAGGCGGCAGUGAGCAGACCCAGCAAGGAGCACGUCCCAUGCCCGCUGGUAUUCCACAGGGCCCCCUUGGCUCUCAGGUCUGUCGAGUAAUCGUCAGGACGGACUGUGUGGAACGGCAGCAGAUGGCAGAGCGCACUGUCAUUGAGGCAGUCCCACAGGGCUCUGAGAACAUCACACCGCCGAUGGACCCACGAGAUGUCCAUUCCGUCACAGAGACUGUCCCACAAAAAGUGCAGUUAACUGAGCAAAGUGUCACACAGAAGGUGCUGUCCACUGAACAGGAAGUCGGCCUUCAGUCCACUAAACAGGAAGUCGGCCUUCAGUCCACUGAACAGGAAGUCGGCCUUCAGUCCACUGAACAGGAAGUCGGCCUUCAGUCCACUGAACAGGAAGUCAGCCUUCAGUCUACUAAACGGGAAGUUGUCCCAAGGGGACCAGAGUUAGCUAAACAAGAUGAUGUCCCAGAAGAUGUCCUGGUAGCCAAGCAAAGCCUCACAUGGGUAGUGCUGUCUGCUGAACAGGAAGUCAGCCUUCAGUCCACUGAACAGGAAGUCGGCCUUCGGUCCACUGAACAGAGAACUAUUCCAUGGGAAGUUGAGUUACCCAAACAAGUGUCAGUCUCAGAAAAAGUUCAGUUGAGCAGACGGGAAGCUGUCCAACCAGAAUUGUCCUCCUUCAGACAGAGAGUUGUUCCACAGGAAGUUCAGUCCUCUGCAAAAGAAGUCAUGGAACGGUACCAAAGCUCCAGGAGCUCCUUCCAGGCCCAGCUGGACUUCAAUGACCAGAGGCUCCAAAGUCUGUUCCUCAGCAGCCCUGUGACCAGCGCCGGCCGGCAGAGUCUCCUCCUCCAGCUGCAGGCUCUGAAACAGGACACAGAGGCCCUGUGGUUCGAGUAUGAACUCCAGUCCUCCCAGUGCUCCCAGCUUAAUACCGCGAUGUACAGUGUGGAAGAGGAUUGGACUGAGCCGAUUCAGCAGUGGAGAGGACAGCAGAUCAGAAUCCAGAGGAGGAUGGAGUCACUGAGCUUGGCUGCCGGGCUGAUCGAGCCCACAGAAAAGCAGAUGGCCCUGAUCUCUGAGCGACUGGACGUCUUCAUGGGGGAACCCUGGGAAAUGUCCUCUUUCACCUGGAUGGACCUACAGAAGGAGAUUAAGGAACUAGAGGAAAAUAUUCGGCACCAGAUGGACCGCCUGCUGACCCUGGACAAUGAGGAGGGCCCGGUUCUGGGCCAGCUGGACCCGACUGACCGGCAAGCCCUAAGCCACUUGUCUGAGGAGUGCAGGCAGAGACUGGGCCGGCUGAGAGGGCAGCUGGGCCAGGUGGAUGUAGCCGGCCAGGCCCUGCACCACUUUCUCCAGUCCCUGCAGAGCUCAGACCGCCGGAUCCUGGAGGCACAGGGUGCGGCGUCGCCCCAUGAGUGUCGCUCUCGGCUGGCGGGGGUCCGCCAGAGCGUGCGCGGCAUCGGGGACGAGGCGUCGGAGGUGGACCGCGCCCUGGGGGCGGCUCGGGUGUCACUGGCCCAGAACGGUGUGCCGCUGUCCUGCGAGGAGCUGGUGGCGGCCAUGGUGCAGAAGCUGGAGGAGGCCGACGCCCAUUCAGCCCAGGAGCUGCGUGGCCCCCAAGGGGAGCGAGAGACCCAUGCUCUGCAGCCCAGGAAGACGGCCCUGCAGGGGGCGCUGUGGGGCAUCCAGGAUGCAGCGGGGAGGGAGCCUCUGCCAGAGCUCACCCUGCCUGCUGUGCAGCAGAGGAUGCGUGCAUUGACCAACCUGGAGACCCAACUGUCUAAGCACCGGCUAGAUAUCCGCAGCCUGCAGGUCAUGUUCGCACAGCUGAGCCCUGAAGAGGGGGGCAGUGCAGUCGAGGAGCUGGAGAAGCAGUGGAAGGAGGCACACCGAGCUGUGGCUGACCACAAAGCCCACUGUCAGGCGCUUACUCAGCUGAUGAAGAAAUUCCAGAGCUGUCGCAGUGGGCUUGAUGGUGCCCUGCAGAGUGCCGAACAGGCUGUGAGUGAGCGUGCGUCCUACAUGGGCAAGGAGAACCUGCACCGCUGCAUCGCCAGGGUCCAGGGGGUGCGGCAGACACUGAGUGGCCUCGGCGAGGGGCUCCAGGAGUUGCGGGGGCUGUGCAGGCAGCUGCAGUCUCAGCUGCGGAUGAUGCCGGCAUGCGCGGAGGUGCCCUUCGAGGCUGAGGUGGACACACUGGUGGACCGCUGGCUGGAUGUGACGGAGAAGACGGACAUCCACUUGGACGGCCUGCAGACGGGGCUGGCGCUGUGGGAGAAGCUGCAGGAGCUGGGCGGGGAGGUGCAUAGCUGGACUGAGAGUCGAUUGGCCGCGGUCACUGGGGGGAGCCGCUUCCAGGGCCAGCAGGAGGUCGCCGCCCUGCUGGAGGAAAUCCAGGUCCAGGAGGAGAAGCUCGAGCACCUCCACAGGAGAUCCUUCGAGAUAAUGGAGCUCCUGCAGAGCUCAGAGACGCCCCUAGAGCUGCAGGUGCUGGAGACCCAGCUGAGGAAGAGGAUGACGCAGGUGAAGGAGCUCUUCUCCUCCAGCUGCGACACCCUGCAGAGUUUAGCGGAGUGUCGCACUCCCUCUCUCACGGUCCCGUCUUCUCUGCACGCGCUCAGUGUGCCCCCACAGACCCCCCCCCAGAUCCAGGUGCCGGAGGGGCAGACUGACGUCCCUCUGCAGGAGGUCUCCCUCACAGCCAGCACCACUCACUCUCCUGCUCCGGACAGACCCAAGGCCGAAGGGCUCCAGCUCAUUGGCCGUGUUCUUCCCACCCACCAGCUGAUUGGUCAGAAGAGGCAGCAGGUAGAGGGAGGUCUUCUCGAAACAGCCAAAGAUCAGACAUUUCACAUGCAUCUCCAAGACUCCCGUGAUGCAACAAAGGGACAACUGUCUGCACCACCUGCAGACAAAGGAGGGGAAACUGCAUCCCUUGCAGGAAGAGUGGAUCCGGGCUUGACAGGAAAGAAACUUCUGAUGAACCGUGAGACAGACAACAACUUUGACAAGGAGGAGCAAUGGGAGCGACGUGGGGGUGACCUGGUAACAGGGCCGGCAGAGGCGGAGUCGGGGUCGGGGGCGGAGUCAGCCAGUCAGCCCACCAUGACGGAGCUGCUGAUGGACUGUUUGCAGCUUGAGAGUCAGGAACCCAGCAGCAGCAUCAGAAGGAGAAGCCCGCUGUGGAACGCUAUGGUCAUAGAUACGUCACCCGGGAACCAGGAGAACCACCUGAACCUGAGCCGUGUGGCAUUCAGGAUACUGUGCUGUCAGAACCAGCCUGUCCAUAUCAGCACUGCAGCUAUGGUCCAACAAGUGGAUGAGGCUAAGGCCUGUCGGCAGUGGGUGCUGGAGAAGCUUGACGCUCUGCCUAGUGCAGGCGUCGCCCUCGAGACGGUGCGUCCGACAGAAGGGCAGUGGAAAGCCGUCCUGCAGGAUGCCAGUGCUGCUGUGCAGAUGAAGGAGGCCCAGAUGCAGCUUGUCAGCCAAUAUGAACAGAAGAGUCAGACUGCUGAAGCAGCACUGGCCAAGCUGAAGGUGGAUCUGAGGGCCGCGUGCAGUGACACUAUGGAAAGCAUGACACUCCAGGAGGAACGGCUACGAGGCUUUCUGCAGAACCUGGAGCAGGAGAGCACCACGAUGGGAGCCGUGCUGCAGGUGUUUUCUGAGGUGUCACCCGUCCUGGAUGAGGUGGAACGGACAGGGACCCUCAUUCGGCUGGAGGACCUGCAGGGACAUUGGUGGACACUUCAGAGGGUAGCUGAGAGGGCCUUGUACCAUGCCACAGCCUGUGUCCAGGAGUCUGCCAAUCUGCUCCAGGAAGCUCAGGACCUUCGCAAGCAGCUGAAAGCUCUGCAAGCAUCUGAGCUCUUUCAGUCUCAGAGUGGAAGCUGUGCUUCAGUACAACUAGUGAUAUUUGGUGCCACUUUAGCAGCCAUUGACUAUCAGUAUGACAACCUGAAUCAGCUCUUUGAGGCUCUUAACCAGAAUUUAGCUGGAGAGACGGAGAGGAAGGAUAUUAGACUAGCCCUCCAGAGCUUGAAGGAGGAACUGGAUCUUGUUAAAACACAAAUGCCAGAGAUAUCCAUCAGUGUUAUUCCUGAUGCUUUAAGUAAGAUUAUGAAGGUGAUGCAGGACCACCUCACAUGGGCAAAGCAAAUGGAGAUCAAAAUCACAGAGAAAAAGAGGAAGUUGGAUCUUUUCCCAGAGAAAGUUCACUGCCACAUUUUUGAGCUAAAGAAGCUAAAGUGUGAGAUCCAAAGUAAACAAAUCCAGCUAGAAUCUCUGCUGGAAGAAGUGAAGGAACUGACGCCCGUCCUGGAUAAGACGGAACUUCCCCCAUUGCUUUCCUUAGCGGACACCUUAAAAGACUUGACGAAGUCAGCAGUGGAUAAUUCAGGUCGAGCUUUACUGGACGUAAAGCUGAGUUUGCAGAUGAAAGAGAAGUUAUUUGAGCAAAUUGCUAAUGUAGAUGCCUGGGUUGCAAAGCAUGUAGAAAAGGAAAUGACCAGUUGGGGCAGCCAACCAGACAGCGAACCUGGCAUUGCCAGUAGACUCCGGCAUCGAAUGGCAGAACUGAAAGAGGCAGAGAAACAUUCAGCCGUCAUCAUGACUCUGCUAAAUAAGGCUGGAGAAAUGGCACCACAGCUCAGCCUUGCUGAUAGGUGCAAGUUACACAACCUACUCAUAGACCUCCAAGGUGCCAUUCAUGGAAUCAUCACCUCGGAGAGGAAAGGCUGUCGGGAGCUGGAAGAGCUGCGCCAAGCAAGGGUUUCCUCACUGGAGACAUUGGCAUCCAUUGAGGCAGGACUAAGACAGAUAGACUUAGACCUAACUAAGCACAAAUUUCCUGUAACUAAAGAUUCUCUCACUAUUUUGGAGCAUUACAGAUACUUACUGCUAAAGCACAGAUGGCAAGUGGACCGGCUGCAUCACUUCAAGGGGGAUAAGAGGAGGGAGCUGCAGCGUGUGAUGGUGGAUUUACAGAAGAAAAUGAACAGUCUUGGUCUUCAGGCUGAGGCACACGGCAAGUAUUUGAGCUCCAAGAAACAGAUGGAAGACUGGAAGCAGAACCUGGAGAAACAGGCACUGCAACUGAAGGAUGAAAAAAUCAACAAGGUGGAAAGGUUUAGAAGCUGCCACAUUCUCUCAGUGCAAUUUCCCCUGACUAAGAACAUCUGUCAGGAGGUGACUCAUCAACUGAACAACAUCUCUCAAGACCUGUACCCAUCCCAGCUGAACUCAGAGAGGCAGAAGAUCCGGCACGCAGUGCAGGGUCUGGACUCAUGGGAAAUGACCAUCCACAAUGACUUGAAGAUUCUGGAGAGUGCCCUGCUUGAAGGAAAAUGUUAUUUUGCUGAGCUCCAUGCCAUGUUGGACUUUCUCAGAGGUACCCAACACAAGCUAGAUCAUGCCUUGCCAGUGAGCCCAGAUGAGCAAGCUAUUGACAGGGAGCUUCUGUGGUGUUUGAGCAUUGAGAAGAGGGCAGAGUCUGGAAGGCGAGUACUGCAGACUCUGAAAUACAGAAUAGGAACCAGGCAGAAGGAGCUGGAGAGCAAGCAUAGCGAGCUGACAGACUUAAUCGAGAAGGUCCUGAAAGAAUCUCAGUUGCGCACAGGGAGCCUAUGCCAGGCGAAGGAGGCCUUGAGGGGUUACUGUGCAGCCGUGCGUGGGACUGCUGCCUUUUUUCAGGAUGCUGAAUCUAAGCUCCUGCCCGUUCUGAGUGAGGCCUCAGGCUGUGCAGAGGAGCUGCAGUACCUUACAGCAGCCUUGGCCUCCUUGACUCAGGGCUUCGAUCAUCACCUCAGCCGGCUGCAGGAACUUUUACCUCUUCGGACGUGCCUGUCCGUCUCUCAGGUGGAGCAGAUCCAUAAGUGCGUUCUGAGCCAGCUGCUGGUCACACUGGCCACACUUCAGGCACAGGCUCAGCUCCACCACGAAGCCCUGCAGAGCUGUGCAAAGAGGCAGGACUUCUACAGAAAGUCACUCGACGAUAUGUGCCACCACGUUCAGCACCUUGAGACGAGCCUGUCAGAGUGUGUGUCUCAUAAAGUCACAUCUCUCCGGGAAUGUUCAGAACUACAGGAAAAGCUAAACGCCCUGGAGCGGGAGGCGGAGUCUCACGUGAGCCGGCUGGCGGACCUGUGGGUGCGUUGUCCCAAACCGGGUUGUGGCUCGAAGGACGAGGCAGAACCAGUCACUCUCCGGAGGCGCUUGGCCGGGCUCCACCGCUCUGCUCGUUACCUCGGAGGCUGCUGGGAGCGAAGAGCAGCUGAGUGGAAAGACGUGGCUCUGAGUAUGGAAAGAGCCCAAAAGGUACUAGAGCAGCUUGAGGAUGAGAUACCGCCCAGCCCCAGAGAGGGCGCUCUUCAGGAGGAGCUGCAGAACCUGCUGCCUGACACAGAGACGUACCUGCAGCGCCUUAACAACGAGCUGUGCGUCCUGGCCUCCAUGGAGAUGCGGCUUCCCCGACCUCUGGGUGACCCUGCCAAAAAGGAACAGGACACACCCAGCCAGUUCUCUGAGGACCUGCAGGCCAUCAGGGAAUGCUACAGAAAGCUGACGGAGAAGAGCAUGCUGGGAAGGCAGGCCGCAUCCGCGGAGCUGCACGACCGGGAGCAGGUCCGGGAGGAGAUCUACGGCAUGCGGGAGCGACUGAGAGUCGCCUCCUGCCGCUUGUCCGGCCUGGAGCAUUUCGCAUGCCAGAGCCGUCUGCAGGAGGUGCGUCUCGAGCUCAGCUCCCAGAGGGCCGUGCUUCAGGGCAUCAUGGAGGGCCUCAGGGUGAAGUAUCCCAGCAGCUUCCCUUUGGUGCCCAUGGAGGUGCAGAAGCCCCUGCAAGAUGUCACUCACCUGCUGGAAGAGCUGGAGGAAAAGCUGGCAGAGACAGCGGAGAUGAUCAGCCCUGUGCGGCGGCUGGGUGUCGGUGUAACCCAGGUGACAGGCGGCUUGCGGCAGGUCAUGUCCCUGCUGGAGCAGAAGAGUUCCACGGUGGUGGAGGCAGAGUACCUUCAGAAGCGCGUGUGGGACGAGCUGGACCGCUGGCACAAUCAGCUGGCAGCUCUGGAGUCCGAGGUGGUCGACAUGAGUCAGGAUCAGCCAGAACAGGCCCACGAUCUGAUGGACCAGCUGACGGAGCCUCUCCAGCUGUACCAGAAAGUGGCCAAGCAGGCAGAGCAGAGGACGGCAUUCCUCAGCAAGAUUCCGGCUUGCCUACAGGAGUAUGAUGAGAUCAUGGCCAGCUCCAACUCCUGGUUGAGGGAGGCCAAUGGCUGGCUGAAGACCCCCUGCACCUACACCUCUGCCAGAUCCCUCAGCAGCCACGUUCAUACUCUCCAGGUGCUUCUGGAAGACUCUGAGCAGAUGAGGGCGACCUUACAGGCAUUUACGCCCUUUCUAAAAGAGAUCUCCACUGUGUGCAACACGAUGACCCUAGAGCAGCGACUGAGCCAGGCUGAUGAGCAUGUUGCUUCCAUGCAGCAAAGCAUUGUGGGUCCGCUGACCCAGCUCCAGAACACCGCUGCAGAAGUGGAUGCCAUUGAAACAGAAGUGAAGGUUAUGGAAAAAAAUGUAACCAAAAUCAGGGCCAUCCUGUCAUCCCUGGACUCUGAAUCAGUGUCUCCAGAGGAGCACAUGCGAGACUGGCAGGUGAUUCUGGACAACAUCCAGGCAAUGAAGAGGACAAUAACCGAGAUCCAAAACUGUAAACCUGCCCUGGGCCUGCCCAGGGAAGCAGAGGAGACUCUGGAUGUCUUCCAGAGAGCUCAGGACCUUCUGCCACCUAUACAAAACCUGGAGCAGGAGACCGUUGCACAGAUCGCGACAAUAAAGGAGAAGGUGUGGGAGACAUCUCUAUCUGAGGAGGAAGAGGAGAGCAGCUCCCACUCAUCUUCCUCUGACACGCUCUUAGGGAGUGUGUCUGAGAGUCCCGAUGACACAGCUGAAGAGCCCACCUUCCCUGCAGAGGGUGCCAUGGGAGCUGCGGGGGGAGGUGGGGCCCUGCACGGGGACUUGGCUGUUGGGGCAGCUUGCGGUGGAGCUGCCUUUGGAGACGACCUUAAUGUGGGGGUCCUGGAAACCCCUGAACCCCAUCUAAUACCUGCCACCAAGAGUGCAAUUGGUUGGCAAGAGGGGGACACACUUCCAGAGCCAAUAAGAAAGCAGAUCUUUGACCCACAUGACAAGGACAUGCUCAGAUGCAGCACUCCCAGUUCAGAGACACUGAAGGAUGACCGUCAGGCUGAAGUCGGGGGAGAUGUUCCUGUUCCCCCAUUGUCAGUGUCGGUAUCACUGGAAACUGACUAUGAUUCACAACUGAGUACAACCAUUCCACAGGAGAAUGCCUCUGUGUCUCAAGAGGCUCUGUCACUGCUGUACAAGAGGAAUGCAUCUCUGCCUGAAGAGACUAAAUCAGUAACACAGGACACUGUGUCAGUCCCAGUUUGUGUUGUGUCAAUUUUUGAAGAGACUAUGUCAAUAACACAGGAGACUGUGUCAGUUCCCCAGAUGGAUGUGACAUCUCCUGAAAAGACUAUAUUAGUAGCACAGGACACCGUGUCUCUUCUGCAGAAGCAUGCGUCAGCUCCUGCAGAGACUGUAUCAGUCAUGCCUGACACUAUGUCAUUUCCCAAGAGUGAUGUGUCAAGUACCAAAGACAUUAUAUUUGUAACACAGGACACCAUGUCAGUUCAGCAGAAGGAUGUGUCCGCUCCUGCAGAGACUAUAUCAAUAACACAGGAGACUGUGUCAGUUCACCAGAAGGAUGUGUCAUUUCGCCAGAAGGAUGUGUCAGUACCUGCAGAAACUAAAUCAAUAACGCAUGAUGCUCUGUCAGUUUCAAAUAGGGACAUGUCAGCUCCCAAAGAUUCUACAUCAAUAACACGGGAGACGGUGUCAGUUCCCAAGAGGGAUGUGUCAGCUCCCAAAGAGACUGUAUCCGCAGCACAAGAAAUUAGAAAGAAGUCAAUUCCCCAGAAGGAUGUGUUAGCUCCUGAAAAGUCUAUAUCAGUAGCACUGGACACCAUGUCAGUUCUCCAGAAGGAUGUGUCAACUCCUGCAGAGACUAUAUCAGUAAUGCAUGGCACUCUAUCAGUUUCCAAGAGCGAUGUGCCAACUACCAAGGUGACGAUAUGUGUAACACAGGAGACUGUUUCAGUUCCCAAAUCGGAUGUGUCAGCUCCCAAAGACACUACAUCAGUGACAGAGGAGACUGUGUCAGUUCCCCAGAGGGAUGUGUCAGCUUCCAAAGAGACUACAUCAAUAACACCAAAGACUGUGUCAGUUCGCCAAAAGGAUGUAUCAGUUCCUCCAGAAACUGUAUCAGAAACGCAUGGCACUCUGUCAACUGCCAAGAGGGAUAUGUCAACUCCUAAAGAGACUAUAUCAGUGACAGAGGAGACAAUGUCAGUUCCCAAGAGGGUUGUUUCAGCUACCAAAGAGACUACAUCAGUGACAUUGGAGAUGGUGUCAGUUCCCAAGAGGGAUGUGUCAGCUCCCAAAGAGACUAUUCCAAAAACACAGGAGACUGUGUCAGCUCCCAAGAAGGAUGUGUCAGCUACCAAAGAGACUACAUCACUAACACAGGAGUCUGUGUCAGUUCCCUAUAUGAAUGUGUCAACUCCCAAAGAGACUACAUCAGUAACACAGGAGACAGAGUCAGUCUCAAAGAGGGAUGUGUCAGCUCCCAAGGAGACUAUAUCUGUAAUACAGGACACCAUGUCAGUUCUCCAGAAUGAUUUUUCAGAUCCAGUAGAGAAUAUAUCAGUAACGAGUGACAGUGUGUCACUUCCCAAAAGGGAUGUGCCGGCUACCAAAGACACUCCAUCAGUAAUACAGGAUAUUGUGUCAGUUACCAAAGAGACUACAUCAGUAACACAGGAGACUGUGUUAGGUCCCCAAGGGGAUGUGUCAGUAACACAUGACACCCUGUCAAUUGCCAAGAAGGAUGUGUUCACUACCAAAGAGACUAUAUCAGAAACAAAGGAGACUGUGUCAGUUCCCAAGAAGGAUGUGUCAGCUCCCAAAGACACUCUGUCAGUGACACAUGAGACUAUGAAAUUUCCCCAGAGGGAUGUAUUAGGUAUUAGGUCCUCAGUUCCCCACAAGGAUGUGUCUGUGCCUUUGCAGACUGUGCCACUAGUGCAGGGGGAUGUGGUCAUUCCCCUAGAGCCAUUGGCAGUGCCCCCCAUGCAUGUGCCAGUUUCUGGUGGCCCCUGGGUUGACCAGGGCCUCCAGUCAUUAUGUGAGCUAACCACUCAGGUUAGGGCUUGGCUGGAAAGAGCACAUCAGAGUCUCAGUGAUAUGCUUCCAGGGGCACCAAUGCCAGGUGGCAUAGAGGAGCAGCUACUCACCUGUCAGGGAGCAUGUGAGGAAAUGGAGAAAAAUGUAUCCAGUUUGUACAGCCUGAGUCCACAGGAUGUUGCUGAAACACAUGGAUGGACCGUUACACUCUUGUCAACCCUAGACCAACUCAAGAUCAGCUUGCUCCCAUUAUUGCCGCUGUCAGAACAUUGGAGCCAGGAUCAGAGUGACUUUCAGUGUGGAGUAUUAGCCCAAGAGGGAGGGCUGGAGCACACUGUCAGCAAUCCAGAGCUCCUGACCACUCUGAAGAUUCAAUCCAUCCAGCAGGAGAAGGAGCUCCAGCUUGAAUUGAAAGAGCAGAGAGAUCUGGCUGCGGCGUUACUGCAUUACAGCAGCCAGGGGUGGCUGCAAAGAGCCACAAAGGAGUACAAGGCUCAACUGCUGACCAGAUCUUCUACUGGGACUGAAGGGGAUGCGACGGCUCAGAGGCGAAGGCCCCAGGUCCAUGAGCAGCUGGAGGCUACACUGACUGCCCUGGAUGGGAUUGGAAGCACAUGGCAGGAGGGCCUGGCGUCUGGAAAGGCGGUGCAGCCUGUGACCUGGAGCAUGCCCGCCAUACUGAGACAGGAGGCCGUCCAGCUGGAGGACUUGCUGAACACUGCCUGUACCUCCCUGCAAAGCCAGCAGGGGGGGCUGCAGGAGCAGCUCGAACAGCAGCUGCAGUAUGAGCAGAGACUCCAUGGACUGACCAGCUUGGUGGAACUGGGCUGGGAGAGACUCAUCCGCAGUCAGCAUGUGCAGCUGCGCAGUCAGGACGAGCUGCAGGCUGUCUUAAGCAGCCACAAGACAUUCUUCCAGAAGCUGGCGUGCCACUUGGCAAUGGUGCGGCAGCUCUCGCAGACGCAGGCGGGAGCGCAGACGCGAGCGCAGGCGGCGCUGGAGCAGGAUGCUCGCACUCUCCAGCAGAGGGCAGUGCAGCAGGGAGUGUGGCUACAGGACGGCUUGCAGGCUUGGUCUCAGUGGCAGGAGAGUUGUGGCUGGAUAGCAAAACUAUUGAAUGACCUGGAGGCCAGGAUGCCUUCGAGUACAGGGCCAGGAAAGGAGGAACAGGAGGAGCAGCUGCAGCAGACACUUUGCAUCUGUGAGCAGGUGAGCAGGGCCCUGGAGGAGAGCCGGGCACCGCUGGGGGCUGCCGUGGAGCAGGGCCAGGUGCUGCAGGCUGGGGGGUUCGCCAGCACCGUGGGGGCUGCGCUGCGCGAGCUGCAGAGCCGCUGGAACGCCGUACGCCGCUGCGCAGAGCGGGAGCAGCUGCGGGUCUCUGCCUUCACGCAUCUGUGGGCCAGGUUCUGCAGUGACUCAGUGGCGCUGGGUGAUUGGCUGGGCAGGGCGCGGGAGCAGCUGCAGUCCUGGAGGAGGCGCUGUGACGCCACGCCCCGUCAGCAGGAGCACGACCGCCGGCAGCUCGCCAACUUUCUGGACUUCACCAAGGAGGUGGAGGCCCGGUCUUUGCUGAAGGCCUCUGUGAUCAGCACGGGUGAACAGCUGCUGCAGCUGAAGAGGUGCGGGGACACGGGCACCCUGCGGGAACAGCUGACACAGCUGGAGCAGGGCUGGGCCGAGAUCCUGUCCACUCUGCCUUCUGUCCAAGAGCGGCUGCACCAGCAGUUGAUGGAGAAGCUGCAACCUUCGGAGGCCAUGACAGAGCUGGGAGUCUGGAUGGAUGCAAUGGAGAAGAGGCUGAAAGAAGAUCAUCAGGAGAUCCGUCAGGCCAGCAGUGCUGCAGGGCUUCAGCCGCUGCUGCAGAGACACAAGGAGUAUCAGGUUGAGAUGGCAUGUCACCAGCUUACGGUCGACACGCUCAACCAGUCAGUGUUACAGUCCAGUGGCACUGACCUUCCAGCCUCAAGAUAUGAACACGCGCUGCAUGCUGAGAAGCUUGGCGCCCUGAACUUGCGCUGGCUCCACCUGAAGGGGGCGCUGUGUAGUCAGGUCCAGCAAUUGGAGAAGGACCUCCAGACCUGCCUGGCCAGAGACGAGAGGCUGCGGGUCCUGGGCAGAGGCCUGUCCAGGCAGAAGGAGAAGCUGAGCCAGGCGGAGAGGCCUGCCAGUCGCUGGCAGGCCAGGGAGGCGCUGCAGGAGUGUGGGGACACAGAGGAGAAGCUGAAAGAUACGGACACCCAGCUUCAGGAGCUGAGAGAAGCCUGCCUGAGCGAUACAGACGGGGAGCUGCGUCCCGACUGCGCAUGCAGCGGGCAGCUGGACACGCUCAGCAGGGACUGCGCAGAUCUGCAUCAGCAGGUCACUGCUCUCCGCCCAAGGCUGCAGUGGGCCCUGGAUCUCUGGGGCCUGGUAACGAAGGGGCUAGCAGAGGUAGCACUCCACACCACCAAGAGCCAGUACACUCUGGAGCAGGGCACUCACGCCCAGUUCUCCCAGCAUGCACUGCAGGACCACGUGGAUGAGCUACAGCUCCUGCAGGUCGAGGCAGGGGGCGCCGAAGAGAAAUGGGAGGCUUUAAACCAGAACUUCUGCAACCUGAGGGACGUUAUCAGUCCUGCUGCAGCUCAGCUCUUAUCAGAGCAGAUAGAGAAGCAGGAAGCUCGCAGGGCAGCAGUCAGCCAGGAGGUGGGCGGCGCUCUGCCUCGGGCCCAGGAGCUGCUGGGCCUCUGGAGAAGGUACAGCAGGGCCUUCAUGAGCUGCUGGCAGAGUCUGCAGGUCCACCAGGAACAGGCCAGCUUCCUGCUGGCAGCCAGGCCUGGAAGUCAGCACACUGCUGAGCAAGUCGUAAAACGACUGGAAGCCAGUAAGAUGCAGCAGCAGAGUCUGCAGGUCUUGCAGAGAAGCAUGGAGGAAGUGAUGGAAGCUAGCAAACAUCUCACUGGCCACAUGAAUGUCCCAGCAGCCAUCUUUAUCCAAUCAGAGGGUUGGAUGUUGUCAUGUGAACUCCUCAAGCUAAGGGAGGCACUCGCAAGGAGAGAGGGACACCUACAGGAGGAGCUGGAGGAGCUGCAGAAGUUCACCAGCAGUCUGGCCUCCCUGGAGCUGCACCUCUGCUCCUGCCAGAGCAGCCUGGCCGGCGGCGCAGACUCUGCCCCCCAGAGCGUCCUGCAGGACCUGGGCUCCUUAGGACCUGAGCUGGAGGCCCUGAACUGGAGGGGUGACAUGCUGCCCCAGGGGGACCCUGCUGGUGACAGACUUCAAGCCCUCAACAGGCAGUGGGCUGUGACCUUCACACAGGUGGCACAGGCGUACAGUGAGCUGCAGCAGGGCGCCGUGGGUCAGCAGAGCUUCCAGGUUCUCUGCCAGUGCUGGACAGCCUUCCUGCAGAGCAUGGAGGACAGUCUGGCCAGGGAGGAGCCCCACUGCUCCCCCUCCCUGCGAGAGCAACUCGCCGUGCUCCAGAAGCUGCGGGUGGAGCUUCCCAGGGGAGACCAGCUUCUGUGGUCCAUCCUUCAGGAGGGACAGUGUCUGCUGGAGAGCCUGGAGGUCGAGCCCAGGCGUGACCUCACUCUCCAGCUGACGCACAUGAGGGAGCGCUGGCACUCUGUGCUGGUAAGGGUGCAGCAGCAUGGAUCCCUGCUGAGGGCCUUAGUGAGGUACUGGCAGCUCUACAUACACGGCACGAAUGAACUGAGGACACUGCUGAGCCAGACUGACUCGCUCCUGCCCCCUGCUGGCCCCGCCCACUGCAGUCUGCGCGAGCUCCGACGGUCCCUGCAAGACCUAAAGCAUGCUGAGGACCACAUGGGCCGCCGCCAUACUGUCUACAGGCAGACCAUGCAGAUUGGCUGGCAGCUAUGCUCUGCGUCUGAUGCACAGACCCAGGCGCAGCUGCAGACGGAGCUGCGGCUGCUGCAGGAGGACUGGGAGCGCACGGAGAGCCUGCUGGGAAAGCGCAGGGCCCUCACAGAGGCCAUCCUGCAGAACUGGGAACGCUACAAGGCCAGGCUAGCCGAUAGCGGAGAGCGGCUGGAGGAGGUGAGGAACAGACUGAAACAGCCGCUGCCUGAAUGUCUGGAGGAGAUCCGGCUCACAGAGAAGAUCAUCAAGGAGCUGGAGGAAGCUCUGCAGCACUGGGCCCACGGCCUGACGGAGCUGGCGGCCAUGAAGACUGAGCUGUCCCAGUACGUGGUGGCCAGAGACGGGCCCCCCCCUGGCGGGGCAGCCGAGGACCUGCAGCUCCAGUGGGAGGAGCUCUGUGCGAAGGUUUCUCUGCGCAAGCAAGAGAUUGCAGAUCGUCUGAGCGCCUGGGUGAUCUUCAACAAGAAGAACAAGGAGCUCUGCGAGUGGCUGUCGCAAAUGGAGAGCAAAGUGACACACAGGGCCGACAUUAGUAUGGAUGACAUGAUGGAGAAGCUGAAGAAGGACUUCAUGGAGGAGAUCAACCUUUUCAGUGAGAACAAGACCCAUCUGAACAGGCUGGGUGAGCAGCUUCUCAGCGCCAGCGACCAGACCCGGGGCGCUGAGGUCAGCGACAAAAUGGCCGAUGUGAAUGCACGCUGGCAGCGCCUGUUUGACCACAUCGAGGCCAGGGUGCGGCAGCUGAAGGAGACGCUGAGUGCAGUGCGGCAGCUGGACAUGGACAUGAAUCACCUGCGAGUCUGGCUCUCCCACACAGAGGCCACACUGGCCACACCGGUGACAUACAGCAUCUGCCACCAAGACGAGAUCCAGGGGAAGCUGGCUGAGCAGCAGAACCUUCAGCGAGACAUAGAGCAGCAUGCCGAGGGCGUGGCCUCCGUGCUGACGGCGUGCGAGGGCCUGCUUGGGGACAGCGAAGGCUGCGGCACCGAGACAGAGCGCAGGUCCCUCCAGGAGGUAGCACGGUGUCUGGAGCAGCGCUGGAGGAACAUCUGCACCCUGUCCCUGGAGAGGAGGGCAAAGAUUGACGACACGUGGCAGCUCUGGUGCAGCUUCCUUGACGAUCAUUCGCACUUUGACGACUGGCUGAAGGCCGCUGAGCACAUCGCGGCCGACCCCAAGUCCGUCGACGUCCCUUACGCAAACGCCAAGGAGGAGCUCAAGAAGUUUGAGGCCCUCCAGAGACAGGUCCAAGAAAGACUGGCCCAGCUGGAGAGGCUCAACAAGCAGCACCGUCAGCUGGCCCAGGAGCAGCGCACUGAUUCAGCGGGCCAGCUGAGAUGCACGGCCUGGGAGGUGAACCGGCGCUGGGACGAGCUGGAAAGCCGUGUGGCAGCCAUCCUGCGCAGGCUGAGGCACUUUACAUGCCAGCGGGAGGAGUUUGAGGGCAUACGGGAGGGGCUUCUGGUGUGGCUUACCGAGAUGGACCUGCAGCUGACCACCGUGGAGCACUUCAGUGACAGCGACGUCCAGGACAAGAUGAGGCAGCUCAAUGACUUCCAACAGGAGAUCACCCUGAACACCUCUAAGAUCGACCAGCUGAUCGUGUUCGGAGAGAACCUGAUCCAGAAGAGCGCUGCGCCGGAUGCCGUGACUAUCGAGAAUGAGCUGGAGGAGCUGCAUUCCUACUGCCAGGAGGUGUUCGGUCGAGUGGGCCGCUUCCAUCAGCGUCUCACUAGCCCCCAGCAGGUCAGACAGGAGCAGCAGCAUCAGCAGGAGGACCUGGAGGAGGAGACGCGGCCUGCCCGGGGGGGGGGUCUGCUCUCUAUAUCCCAGGAGCGCUCAGACAGGGACACACCCAUCAGCGUGGAAUCCAUUCCCCUGGAGUGGGAUCACGCUGUUGAUGUGGGGCCACAUCAGAGGAAAGAGGAGGAGGAAGAGGAGGAGGCGACCUUCUAUAGCGCUCUGUCUGGGAGGUCUGUGACAGAAGCCAGCUGGCACACCCCAGAACACACGGAGACGGGCGGACCAUAUCCAGACAUCAGCCACACUCAGCCCUCUGGGCCCUUGGAUACCAGUAUACCCUUUAAAGAAGGCUAUGUGGACUUGAUGUCGGAGUGCAGUGGCACUGUGGCAAGCGUGGAAAGGGUAUCGCUGAUCCUGAACAGCCCCGAGCAUCCAGACGACGUGGGGCUCACUGGCAUAAGUGCUGCAGACAAGCAGUCGGGAGUGAUCAAACGCUGGGAGCUGCUGCAGGCGCAGGCAAGGGGCGUCGAAUUAGAGGCUGGCCACGACCUGAGGGGGCAGCAGCAGCUGACCUCUGACCUGGAGAGCGUGGCUGCUUGGCUCGGCCAGGUGCAGUGCGAGCUGGAGCGGCUGAAGAGGAGCAAGCCAUCCGCCAGCGUGCAGGACAUGGAAGCUCACGUCAGGCAGCUGAAGGAAAUGCAGAGCACCUUCGCCAGCUACAAAACAAUGAUUAUUUCGGCCAACCUGAGGGCGCGGGAGCUCCAGCAGAGCGAGCCUGUGGCACCCCAUGGCCUGCAGGAGGCGCUGUGUAGCGUGAACCAGGGCUGGAAGGAGGCCUGCGCCAGCCUGGAGGCCUGGGAGGCGGAUCUGCGCAGUGCCCUGCUGUGGUGUCAGGAAUUCCACGCGGCGCUGCACUCCCUGCUGCUGUGGCUGGCUCAUGCCGAGAGCCGACGCUUCCCAGUGGACAUUCAGGACCCAGACCUGAGCCAAACGGCCCUCUUGGAGCAGCAGGCCAAUCUCAGGGGCUUGGAGGGGGAGCUCCUCAGCCGCCGGCAGCAGGUGGAGUCCCUGCAGGAGAUCUCAUCCCAGCUGCUGCCGGAGGCGGCCAUGGCUGAGGAGGAGUACGCAGAGGCCCGGGACAAAGUGCACAUCGUGAGCAGGAAGCUGCACGCUCUGCUGCAGCAUGUGGAUGAUGAUCUGCACGUGCUGCAGGAGCGCCUGGUCUCCUGUCCUCCUCCUGAACCGGCAGCUGAUGUCCCAGGCGAGCAGGGAGAGGAACAGGGGGGCGAGCUGGCAGCUGAAGGGACCCCCCCGGAGGCGACCAGGGGUCAGGCACGUGACCAGUCGCCGCCGCGGUCCUUCUUCCAGCGAGUGCUGCGUGCCGCCUUCCCCCUGCACGUGCUCUUCCUCCUGCUGCUGGUGCUGGCCUGCCUGGUGCCCCUUUCCGAGGACGACUACCGCUGCACUCUCUCCAACAACUUUGCCCGCUCCUUCCAUCCAAUGCUCCGCUACACUAACGGGCCACCCCCAACAUAAGCCCCUCCCCAUCAUAGUCCCACCCCCAUCAUAAGCCCCUCCCCAUCAU